CUGGACACAGCAACAUAAAACUACAGCCGCCUCCCCAUCCUGCACCCCAGCCUCUCCCAGCGCUGCUGCCUCCUUUGUUCCCCUAAGAGACCUGGCUGCUGUUCCAGAGGUCAACUUCUCACAAUGAAGGCUUCUGCUGUGCUUGCACCUGGAAUCCUCAUGCUGCUGCUUACCUUGGUGCAGAGGAGCAAUGGGGAGUGUAAAGAGGCCCUGGUGAAGUCCGAGAUGAAUGUAAAUAUGAAGUACCAGCUUCCCAACUUCACUGCCGAAACGCCUAUCCAGAAUGUGGUUCUACAUGGGCAUCAUAUUUACCUUGGGGCCACUAACUACAUUUAUGUUUUAAACGACAAAGACCUUCAGAAGGUGGCUGAGUACAAGACUGGGCCAGUGUUGGAACACCCAGAUUGUUCUCCAUGUCAGGACUGCAGCAGCAAAGCCAAUUCAUCAGGGGGAGUUUGGAAAGACAACAUCAAUGUAGCUCUGCUCGUUGACACAUACUAUGAUGAUCAACUCAUUAGCUGUGGCAGCAUCAACAGAGGGACCUGCCGGCGACAUGUCUUUCCACCUGAUAAUACUGCUGACAUACAGUCAGACGUUCAUUGCAUGUUCUCCCCACGGGAAGACGAAGAGCCCAGCCAAUGUCCUGACUGUGUGGUGAGUGCCCUGGGAGCCAAAGUUCUCCUGACCGAAAAGGACCGGUUCAUCAACUUCUUUGUGGGCAAUACUAUAAAUUCUUCUUAUCUUCCAGAUCAUUCAUUACAUUCAAUAUCAGUGAGAAGGCUAAAGGAAACGCAAGAUGGUUUUAAGUUUUUGACAGACCAGUCCUAUAUUGAUGUUUUACCUGAGUUCCGAGAUUCUUACCCCAUUAAGUAUAUACAUGCCUUUGAAAGCAACCAUUUUAUUUACUUUCUGACAGUCCAAAAGGAAACCCUGGAUGCUCAGACUUUUCACACAAGAAUAAUCCGGUUCUGUUCUGCAGACUCUGGAUUGCAUUCCUACAUGGAAAUGCCUCUGGAAUGCAUUCUCACGGAAAAGAGAAGAAAGAGAUCCACAAGGGAGGAAGUGUUUAAUAUCCUUCAAGCUGCAUAUGUCAGUAAGCCUGGAGCCAAUCUUGCUAAGCAGAUAGGAGCUAGCCUGAAUGACGACAUUCUCUACGGGGUGUUUGCACAAAGCAAGCCAGAUUCUGCAGAGCCAAUGAAUCGAUCUGCCGUCUGUGCAUUCCCUAUCAAAUAUGUCAAUGAAUUCUUCAACAAGAUCGUCAACAAAAACAAUGUGAGAUGUCUCCAGCAUUUUUAUGGGCCCAACCAUGAGCACUGUUUUAAUAGGACACUUCUGAGAAAUUCGUCAGGCUGUGAAGUGCGCAAUGAUGAAUAUCGAACAGAGUUUACCACGGCUUUGCAGCGCGUUGACUUAUUCAUGGGUCAAUUCAACCAAGUGCUCUUAACAUCUAUAUCUACUUUCAUUAAAGGAGACCUCACCAUUGCUAAUCUUGGAACAUCAGAGGGUCGCUUCAUGCAGGUUGUGGUUUCUCGAACAGUAUCCUUAACUCCACACGUGAAUUUUCACCUGGACUCUCACCCUGUAUCUCCAGAAGUGAUUGUGGAGCAUCCAUUAAACCAAAAUGGCUACACACUGGUUACCACUGGGAAGAAAAUCACCAAGAUCCCAUUGAACGGCUUAGGCUGUGCACAUUUCCAGUCCUGCAGCCAAUGUCUCUCUGCCCCUUCCUUUGUGCAGUGUGGCUGGUGCCACAAUCAAUGUGUGCGAUCAGACGAAUGCCCCAGCGGGACAUGGACUCAAGAGAUCUGUCUGCCUGCAGUCUACAAGGUUUUCCCAACUAGUGCACCCCUUGAAGGAGGGACAAUGCUGACCAUAUGUGGCUGGGACUUUGGAUUCAAGAGGAAUAAUAAAUUUGAUUUAAGGAAAACCAAAGUUCUCCUUGGCAAUGAGAGCUGCACCUUGACCUUAAGUGAAAGCACAACAAAUACGUUGAAAUGCACAGUUGGUCCUACAAUGCAUGAGCAUUUCAAUAUGUCCAUAAUUAUUUCAAACAGUCGAGGGGAAACACAGUAUAGUACAUUUUCCUAUGUAGAUCCUGUAAUAACAAGCAUUUCUCCAAGUUAUGGUCCCAAGGCUGGUGGCACUUUGCUUACUUUAACUGGAAAAUAUCUCAACAGUGGGAAUUCUAGACACAUUUCAAUUGGUGGAAAAACAUGUACUUUAAAAAGUGUGUCAAAUAGUAUUCUUGAAUGUUAUACCCCAACCCAAACCAUUUCAGCUGAGUUCCCUGUUAAGCUGAAAAUUGACUUAGCAAACCGAGAGAUGGGCAGCUUCAGUUACCAAGAAGACCCUGUUGUCUAUGAAAUUCACCCUACCAAAUCUUUCAUUAGCGGUGGGAGCACAAUAACGGGCAUUGGAAUAAAUUUGAAUUCAGUUAGUAUUCCAAAGCUGGUAAUAAAUGUUCAAGAAGCAGGAAGGAACUAUACAGUGGCGUGUGGACAUCGCUCUAAUUCUGAGAUCAUCUGCUGUGCCACUCCUUCACUGCAACAGCUGAAUCUGCAACUCCCCCUGGAGACCAAAGCCUUUUUCAUGUUAGAUGGGAUCCUUUCCAAAAACUUUGAUCUCAUUUAUGUACAUAAUCCUGUGUUUAAGCCUUUUGAAAAGCCAGUGUUGAUCUCAAUGGGCAAUGAAAAUGUACUAGAAAUUAAGGGAAAUGAUAUUGACCCUGAAGCAGUUAAAGGUGAAGUGUUAAAAGUUGGAAAUAAGAGCUGUGAGAAUAUAUACUCACAUUCUGAAGCCGUUUUAUGUAGGGUCCCCAAUGACCUGCUGAAAUUGAACAGCGAGCUAAAUAUAGAGUGGAAGCAAGCAGUCUCUUCAACUGUCCUUGGAAAAGUAAUAGUUCAACCAGAUCAAAAUUUCACAGGAUUGAUUGUUGGUGUUGUCUCAAUAUCAACAAUACUCUUAUUAUUACUCGGGCUUUUCCUGUGGCUGAAAAAGAGAAAGCAAAUUAAAGAUCUGGGCAGUGACUUAGUUCACUAUGAUGCAAGAGUACACACACCUCAUUUGGAUAGGCUUGUAAGUGCCCGAAGUGUAAGUCCAACUACAGAAAUGGUUUCAAAUGAAUCUGUAGACUACCGUGCUACUUUUCCUGAAGACCAGUUUCCUAAUGCCUCUCAGAAUGGCUCGUGCAGACAAGUGCAGUAUCCUCUGACAGACCUGUCCCCCAUCCUAAAUAGUGGGGACUCUGAUAUAUCUAGUCCAUUACUGCAAAAUACUGUCCACAUUGACCUCAGCGCUCUAAAUCCAGAGCUGGUCCAAGCAGUCCAGCACGUAGUGAUUGGGCCCAGUAGCCUUAUUGUGCAUUUCAAUGAAGUCAUAGGAAGAGGACAUUUUGGUUGUGUCUAUCACGGGACUUUGUUGGACAAUGAUGGCAAGAAAAUUCACUGUGCUGUGAAAUCCUUGAAUAGAAUCACUGACAUAGGAGAAGUUUCCCAGUUUCUGACAGAAGGAAUCAUUAUGAAGGAUUUUAGUCAUCCUAACGUUCUCUCACUCUUGGGAAUCUGCCUUCGGAGUGAAGGAUCUCCACUAGUGGUCCUACCAUACAUGAAGCAUGGAGAUCUUCGAAAUUUCAUUCGAAAUGAGACUCAUAACCCAACUGUAAAAGACCUUAUAGGCUUUGGUCUUCAAGUGGCCAAAGGCAUGAAAUAUCUUGCAAGCAAAAAGUUUGUCCACAGAGACUUGGCUGCAAGAAACUGUAUGUUGGAUGAAAAAUUCACUGUCAAGGUUGCUGAUUUUGGUCUUGCUAGAGAUAUGUAUGAUAAAGAGUACUAUAGUGUACAUAAUAAGACAGGUGCAAAGCUGCCAGUGAAGUGGAUGGCUUUGGAAAGCUUGCAAACUCAAAAAUUUACCACCAAAUCAGAUGUGUGGUCUUUUGGUGUGCUCCUCUGGGAGUUGAUGACACGAGGAGCUCCGCCUUACCCUGACGUGAACACUUUUGAUAUCACUGUUUACUUGUUACAAGGCAGAAGGCUCUUACAACCCGAAUACUGCCCAGACUCCUUGUAUGAAGUGAUGCUGAAAUGCUGGCACCCCAAAGCUGAAAUGCGCCCAUCCUUCUCUGAGCUGGUGUCCAGGAUAUCAGCAAUCUUCUCCACUUUCAUUGGGGAGCACUACGUCCAUGUGAACACUACUUAUGUAAAUGUAAAAUGUGUUGCUCCAUAUCCUUCUCUGUUGUCAUCGCAAGAUAACAUUGAUGGUGAUGUGGGCACAUGAUGGCUGGGCGUCCCACCAGCCGCCUUCUGGGAACACGAUAGUACUAGCUGGAACAAUGUUCUGUGUUUCUCCAACAGUUUUCACUGCCAGGCCUUCAAAAGGUCAUCUGAUAUGUUUUGCUUUUGCCAAAAUUGCAACAGUGUGGGACUCUAUUGUUAUUUAAAUUGCUGUAUUCUAAGGAAUAUCUCAUCUGACAAAACAUCAGAACCAGAAGCUUGGAGCCACAGGCCAGUGACCAAGGCAAACCUUGCAGCAAGGACAACACUCCUAUUGCAUUGGAGUCUGAAACCUGGAUUCUGGGUUGAGAUUUUUAAAAUUAGAGUCCCAUUUGAUUUCAUAUGAGGAACUGGUACAAUGAAUUUUGAGGGCUUUUUAAUCACAGAAAACACCCAAGAGAUGGUCUCUUUCAGGACAGAUGUGACAGCCCCAAGACCAGGCACUCAUUCAGAAUUUUAGAGUUUCAAAGAAUUUUUGUGGAUUGUGUGGUCAUGAACACCUUUCCCUACUGAUGUUGUCAUUCACCCAUUUGUCAAACAUUCCCUUUUUUAUUUCGUAUACACAUUCCAUUGGUUGGAGGAAUAUCCAUAGACAAUGCACUGAAAGUUUCAAAAUAACAUAACACAAGGUGUGUUUGUAGAUUAUUGUGCAUAGAUGACAUUACGAUUCUCAUAAAAUAACUUGGUCACAAUGAUAUAUUCAGUUAUCAUUGAAAAAUCAACCGCUUGAGAUGAUACUGUUCUGAUGAGUGAAUGUGGACAUUUGGACAUUUUAUCUGUUUUUGAAUGACAACCCUGAAAAUAAACAGGUAAUUUGUGAUGAUAAAUAUUUGUAAACGUUACUCAGCAUGUUUUUAAAGCAGAGUACAAGGACUAAAAGGUUCAUUGGUUCCAGACACGGCUUGUAUGUAGAUCGAGCAAAGGUCAAUGGACUGAAAAUAUUAACUCUCAGGUGAUAUGGCUUCCCAACUCACAAACAAUUGAAGACAAAACUUUAGGGGAGUUCCAUUUUGCAUUAGAACAUGUUUUAUGUUAAACUAAACAUAUUUCAGAAACAAAAAAAUUGGAAAUCCUGUUUCACCUGGAUUUAUAGUUUCUCUGGCCAAGACUUUUGUGAUAUUUUAUUCUGUGGAACUUUGUGCUUACUACUGUAUAGUGCAUGUGUUGUAGGUUAUUCUAACUGGUUUUGUCAGUGCAAACAUUGAAAGUAUUAUAUUUUUAUAGAAAUGUUUAUUUUUAAUGAUAGGAGAAAAAUUUUGUUAGGCCACAAAAAAAAAAACAACCCUGCACUGUGAACGUUUGAGAAAAGAUAUGUCAGACCGGGAUUAAUAGGAUUAAUAGUGGCAUGAUUUUAAAUGACUGUAAAUAGUGAUAAGGAAAUGUACUAAUUGCCAACCCACCCCACCCUCAUUACAUCAGCGGGACUGGAAGCCAAGGGUUAAUAGAGCAAGCUACAAUAAGCCUGGGUUACAUCGAAACCCAAUAGUUGAAUUUGGCUGUUGGUGCAGGAAAAUUACUCCCACCAAAGCUCUUUGACAAUGGUGGGACUUACCAGAAGACACAGGAAUUGCACUGCAGAGAUAUUUCAAUUCAAAUGUGACUGCUUCAUAACUGUGAAGAGUAGCACUGAUUCAUAGAGUAUUGUAAAUGGUGGAUGACAAAAAAAAGUCCUCUGUGCAGGAAAAAAUAACUAUCUCUACAAAAUCAAGAAGAUGAAUGCAUCGAAAAUAAAAAAAAGUCUGGGUAUUGUGAUGCAUACCUAUAAUCUUAGUAUUUGGGAGGCAGAGGCAAGAGCCAAUUCUAGGCUAGCCUGGGCUACAUAGUCCCUGUCUCAAAAGCCAAAAAAUAAAAAAUUAAAUUAAAAGAUGGCACACCUGUACAUACAUGCUCAAGAAAACUGCAAUGUGAAAGUCAUGUUUUCUAUUUAUGAACUUUUCUAGGUUUAUAUGUCUAGACAGAUUGUGGGAGUAAUUCUUCUAAGAAUUAGACACUCGUCACUGCCUAUACCUGCAGUUGAACUGAAUGGUACUUUGUAUGUUAAUAGCUGUUGUUCUGAUAAAUCAUACAGAUAAAAUAAAG